UCGGCGGCGCGCCGCGGCAGAGCAGCGCAGCAGCACGAGGUGCCCCGGCCGUUGUCUGCCUCGAGCCGCCGCACCGCACCGCAUUCGUCUUUUCUCUAGCCCACGAGGAGGACGGGACAGCAUUGGCGCCGUUUCGGAGCAGCGCGCCGCAGUAGGCAGUAGCUCUUUUGCUUCCGAGGCGACAACAGCUCUCGGCUGCAGCUGUCGCGGCUAUUCCACACACGCGAGUUAACGUUCGUAGUCCGGAGACACCGGCUCUCGGCGCCUGUCUACAAGCUAUAUAUAAGUAUAGGCGGUGAGAGUGAGCGAGUGAGAGAGAGAGAGAGAAAGAGAGCGACCGCAUCACGCUCACGCAGCGCAGCAGCAGCAGCAGCAGCAUCAGCGCGCUCCCCAGACUCGCACGCGCACAGUAACUCGCGAACGAGCGAGCGCGUCGGCCUAACCUCACUUUUGUCCCUGGGUCGCAGUCGGCGCUCGCGCUCACGGCUCACCUGCUCGCGCCUCGCCUCGCGAAUCUUUCGGCUGAGCCGAGGCGGUGGCCGGGAAGCUGCUUGGGAGCCGGCACUACCAUGAGGAGACCUGGCAUACCUGGUCAGACAAGCCGGACAAGCCAGAGCAACAGCAGCGGUAGCAGCACCAGAACGACUCGCUCUCGCUGAUCGGAGCAGGAAGCCGCCUCCGCCAGCCGCUGCCGCAGUGCUAUGACGCCAUUUUACUAACCUCCCGUGGCAACUCGUCAUCGUCGUCGUCGUCGUCGUCAUCGUCGCCGCCGCCGCCGCCGUCGUCGCCGCAAAAGCUCAAGAGGAGCUCAACGAGGCAGUCGCGGUGGGUUCUCGGGAGGUGCUCACCGCCGCCGCCGCCGCCGCCGCCGCAGCCACUGAUAGCUCAAGAGACGGCUGAAUCAGCCGGUCUCUUUUGGCUACUUGGUCGAUACCCGCUCACCCGCAGCAGCAUCUUACUAGUCGUCCUCGUCGUCCUUUCCACCUGCUACAGCCAGAUUAGCGAGCCUCGAGGUAAUAGCGCUUUAUCCAUUAUAUGCUUACUAUGGACGAUGAGGAUAGUGAAAAUGGACUUGUGGAUACAUGGAGUUUAUGGGAAGAAGCUUACUAUAAAGAUGCACCAAUUGAGACAUCCCUAGCACAAAUCAACAACUCAAAUGUUUGCUUGGAUGAAAUUGAAGAAAACAGAGAGGAUUGCUUUUACUCUGUUUAUUCUCAAGAAUCUGAUGGUAAUGGCAAUCCCGAAGCAAAUUUAAAAAACGUCAUUAAAGGAAUUAAGGAAAAUAUUAUCAAUCAGUCGGAGGAAGACAAAACUGAAUCACUUGAUGACGAGGCUACUGAGCAAAUUUCCCAAUCCAAUGAGACCACAGAAGAAAAAACGAAUCAAACAGAAGAAAAAACGAAUAAAACAGGAGUAAAAACCAAAAUAAUGGCAGAGUAUGCGGAAUACUUGGGCCUGCAACCUUCGUCGUCCAAGUCUCAGUGUAGCAAGUGUAAUUCAGUGGAAAAUGAGUCCUCGACUCCAACAUCUAACUCUCAUGAAUGCAAUUGUUCACCAACAUCAACACCUCCUCCAGCGACUAUCAACAGUUCUGAACCACCAGCUUGCAGCGAACCUGAAUUACCUCUAGCAACUAACUGUGAAAUACCAUCUAUUAGCAGUAGUCCUGCAUUAUCACCUACUUCUCGUUUUGAAGAAUCUUCAGUUAGUGACACUGAAGAACCAUCUGUUAGUAAUUCUAAAGUUUUGCCUGUUUCCAACUCAGAGCAAUCAUCUACCCAGGAUUCUGAACUUCCAUCUACUAGUGAUUGUGAAAAGCCGUCUACAAGUAACUUUGAAAAACCAUCUACAAGCUAUUACGAAGAAGCGUCUAGCAGUGAUUUCGAAUUACCAUCCACUAGUAGGUGUAAUUUACCUUCCACUAGUACCUGCAAUUUACCACCUACCAGCAGCUGUAGUUUGCCAUCUAUUAGUAGUGCUGGUAAACAAACUCUUAAUUUACCAUCUACAAGUAGCUCUGAGGAACAAACUUUUAGUCUACCAUCCACAAGUAGCUCUGAAGAACAAAAUAAAUCUAAACAUUCUGAAAUAACACCUACUUCACAAGCUUCAAAUUUUAAACAUUCUAGAAAAGUUUAUUUAUGUGCAGCAUGUGAAACUUACUUUGAAAACUGGAAUCUCUUUUUACACAUGCGUGAUGUACACAAACGUCAUAUAUGUUUGUUUUGCCUUGGCAUGUUUGGUCAAGCUGAGCGUCUGUCUUAUCAUUUAUCAAAGAAGCACAGUGUUCCAGAAGAGACAUUUCAAUCUGUAGAAGAUUUUUACAAAACCUACAAAGACUCCUGUUAUAUUGUUUGUUGUUCAUGUGAAAAAAUGUUCUCAGAGACAGACAAUUUUUAUGAUCAUGCCUGUCCUUCCGAAGAAAAUCCAGAGCCAGUUCCAGAAAUUUGUUCAGUGUGCAGACUAGUGGGUACUCACAUGGAGACAUGUAGUUUAGCUCCAGAAAAAAGUGUUGAAACUAACGUGGUACGGAAUCCAGUGAACAGUUUAAGAUCACCUCCUAUUGAGUCUUCUGCUCCUGUUCAAGCCAUAACCGGAGUAAGAAGGCAUUCAAAAAGGACAAUAAAACCUAAUAGACUUAAUGACGACGUUUAUUUAUAUACUAAGUUAACUAAAAGAACUAAAACACGUAGUACGUCAGAAGUUUCUGAAAUAAGUGAAAGUAACAGUAAAGAUACACAAAAAGAAACAUCGGUUGUUGAAUCUAAUGAACUUGAAGGUGAUUCGUUGCAGGACACUGUUGCUCAAACUAUCAUGGAAGUUUCUACAAGUAUAAGCUUAAACAGUAAUCAGGAUAAUUUACAUGCAAAUAAUAUACUUAGGCAAAGCAACUAUGAAGAAGUGGGUGAAAUUAAAUCAUUAAAUAGUGAUAGUGCCAAGAACAGUUAUGAUAGUGUAACAGAAAUAAUUAUGGAAGUUUCGCAAUGUGUGAAUAAUUCUAGUAAAACAGCUAAUACUGAUAAAACAAUAUCCAAUACAAACAGUUUAGUGAAUAUUGAUGAAUGUGGUGCGAAUAAAGGUACGGUUGAAUCAGCUGAUCCUAAAAGUGAAGAUGAUGUAAGAUUAAGUGAGGCAAAUAAUGAGCCUGUAGAAACCAAAGAUUUUGGUAUAGAAAAUAACACGUUGAAUGAUGCACAUGAAGACUCUAAUUCAGACUCUGAAUCUCAAGCAUCUAGUAGUCCCAGUAGUCUUGCAAGUCAGCGAGUGGUAAGCCCUAACCAUGAAUUACAGGAAAGUCAAAGUGAAAAUGAAGAAGAUUCAACAACCAUAGAACCAGAAAAAAGACCUACAACCAGUGCCACACCAGCGUCAGACAGAAGCUUAGUAAUAAAAAUUUGUACCAAAAAUAAUUCAGUGUUUUCCAUCAGUAACCCGACUCCUUCAAGAAGAAACAGUACUGAAAAUCACGAUAGUUCGAGGGAGUCAGAAGAAAAUAAUAAUGCUAACAUGUCUGAUAAUAAAGCAUCUGUACCUGAAGAAAAUGAAGGUGAAAAUAAAGAUGAACAAAAUAGUCAUUCAGAGAAUCAUAAAUUGGAAGUAAAAGAUAAUUCUGAAGAUGAAAAUGGUAUCGGGGAAAUCAGGAUUGAUUCGGACACUAAUAAAACAACUGAGGAUUCAAUUAAUCUUGACAAUGUAUCAAAAGAAAAAAUUGAAGAGCAAUCUGAUGAACUAAAUAAACAAGAGAACAAUAAACUGGUAAAUGAAAGUGAAAUUUUUGAUGGGAUCCAGUUAGCAGAAGAAGAAAUUCCAGUAGCUGAUUUACCUGUGGAUGAUCUCUUGGAAAGCAUGGAAAUCGUAGAUUUAUUAAAGCGCUGUAUUCAGGCAGUUUGUGCUGUUUGUGUUUACUGUAAUCAUGCUCGACAUAUAGCUGUUAAUGGUAAACAAUUAAGCCUACACAUGCUUGCAGAACAUAGGUUUCAGCCUCAACAUCCAGCAAUAAUAAUUCAAAAAGAACAAUUUAUAUCAAAAUUGAAAAAGUGCUUGGGAGACAUAGAAUCGUAUUAUUUUAAUCUUGAUUCUUUCAACAGCAAAGAAGGUACAUACAGCAUCCCAGAUACAAGAACAUACGAAUGUUAUAAUUGUAGAUUCGUUUCAUCUGCUCACAAAGAAUUAUAUUUGCAUAAUAGAAAAAUGCAUCAAAAAACAAUUAUAAUAUGUAUAAUGUGUAAAUCAACUUUUUACAGUUACAGCGAAUUGCUUUGCCAUUUAUGUCCAGGUGUGUAUGCUGCAAAUGUAAACAUUGAGUACCGCUGUUGUCUAUGCACAUUGAGCAAUAUUCCAUCAGCAUUCAGGCUUAUGGUUCACCUUCGUAAGCAACACCAUGCCUGUGAUGUAUGCUUGGAAUCAACAGGAAAUCAACAACGCUUAUCAAAUCAUGUGUGGAAGCAUAAAUUACAUCACUUGUGUUACAGAUGUGGUAUAGCCUAUAGGAAUAAACCAGAUAUUACAAAACAUCUAUUUUGGAAGCAUGGUACAGAAAGUAUUGUGUGCAAAAAAUGUUUGCAGAAAAAAUGGCCUCAUAUUUAUCAUUUUUGCAUUCCACCCACUGCUUUUGUCUGUGAAGAAUGUGGCUCAAGUUUUUCAAGAGCUGUUGCAUUAAAAGUCCACAAAAGAACUCACACUGGUGAUUAUCCUUAUUCUUGUUCUGAGUGCACUGAGAAAUUAAUUUCUAAAAAACUAUUAGCAAGACAUGAACGAAAUCACAGGGACCCUGCAACCUGGACACCCCCUCAUGUGUCACCAAACUUAAAUACUAACCAAGCCUCGACUGAAGAAGAAAUUCAUGUUGAUGUUUGUAAUAUGGAAACUAAAGAAGAUGAAGCUACCGAAGUUGCGCCUCAAGUCAUACCUAAAGAGCCAGUAAAAAAAGUAGUCGAUGUAUAUGAUCUACCACCAUUGAACUUAUCAUCUGACAGUGACAGUGAGGUUGAAGAUGAUAAUAUGAAAAAUGACAAAGUAAAUGGAGACGAAUCCGAUAAGACAGAAAAAGAAUCAAGUGAAAAACCUGAAACAUCAACAUCCGAAUCACAAAUUGCUACUGCUGAGCCUAAAACUGAUGUAAUCGUUGAAGUUGAAAGAAAUGAGGAGGAGAAAAAACAAGAAGAGCAAAUAAUGGAUGGCAUUUGGGACAAUUUUAAAUCAUACACUGCUAGUCUAGAAAAACUAGAUUCUUCAGCCAAUGAUCCAACAACUGACGUUAAUUCAUCAGAGCAAAAAGACAAAGACAAUUCACCACAAGUUGCAGAAGAAAUUGAUCCAGAAAUUCUUAGAAAUAUGGCAUUAGCAGACCAUGAUUACUGUGUAAUAUAUUCAGAUAAAGUUGAGGAAGGAGAAUCACCUAGUAAGAUUCAAUCAAAGACUGAUGAGAAUACUGAAAUCAAAGAGAACACUGAUUUUAAACCAGAAAGAACACCUUCACCUAGCAUAGCUAAAGCGCAAAGUACAGAAAACCAUUCACCCAAGAAAAAAGUCAAGUCUCCUAAAAAGAAGAAACAAAAUGCUAGCACAUCAUCCAGUGACUCUUCUAGCGAUAGUGAUUCUAGCAGUUGUUCUUGUGGAACUAAUUGCAGUUGUAGUAGUUCCUCAUCUAGUAGCAGCUCUAGUUCUAGCAGUAGUUCAGAUUCUGAUAGUUCAGCUUCAGAAAGUUCGCCACGAAAGAAAAAGAGCAAAAAAGAAAAGGAAUCAGUUCAGAAAGAGGACGAGUCAGUCCAAGUUGUAGAGGAAAAUGCGCAGAACGAUGCAGCUAAAACAAAUGACGAUACGACAAAUCAAAACGAAGCUUCACAUACAAUAGCUGCUCCAGUGAUACCAGUAGCACCAGUGAUUCCAGUACAACUUGUAAUAAGAGAAUCUGAUCUUGAUACAACAGAAACUGACACUGAUGAGGAAUUUUAUGACAAAAAUCCUCAGCAACAGGCAAAUAAACUGCUGGAAGAAAAACGUAACAAAAUCAUUGCAUCUGCUGCGCCUAAUUCUAUGGAUGUAACAAUAACACCCGCUGUAAAUAACGGCGUUAUUGAUACGGAUGUAACUAUGCAUUCAUCAGCUCCAUCACCAAUAACAGUCAAUUCAGUAGAAGAUGCACCAGUAAAAAGAAAAGUCAAAACGAGAAAACGAAAAAGAGGAGGUCGUGGAAGAGCACGUAAUACUCAGAAAACUGUAGAAUCAAUAAAACUAAACAUUCCAAAAUCUAUGUAUCAGAAGAAAGGGCGAGGAUCAAAAUCUGCAGUUGCAAGAAGACAUUCGGCUUCUAAUUAUACUUCAAGUUACCAAACAUACGAAAUGAAUCAACGGACUUCCGAAUCGUCUAUGCUAGGAGCAAGUCAAAGCGUUGGAGGCAGUGGUUCUGAAACGGAUGCGAAGAGGUCGUCUAAAAGAAAGCGUGUACCGAAGCGCUUCUAUGGCGAUUCUAGUGAUGAAGAAAAUCAUAGACAGCAAAUGUUGAAAUGGAGAAGGGUUGAUAUACCGGCACCAGUCAAUUCUCAACUACCAUCGACAAGCACAACUUUCAGCUACAAGCAAACGCUUCAACAGCAGCAGCAGCAAUUACUUCUACAGCAGCAGCAACAACAGCAGCAAUUGUUAUUACAACAACAACAGGAGCAACAGCAGCUUCUUAUACAACAGCAGCAACAACAAUUGCUCAUUCAGCAACAACAAUUGCAAUUACAGCAUGAACAACUGUUGCAGCAACAAUAUCGGCAAGAACAAGAGGAGGAGGCUGAUGAGGAGGAUGAAGAAGAAGAGGACGAAGAGGAAGAGCAGGAGGAGGAGGAGGAGGAGGAGGAGGAGCAGGAAGCAGAAGAGGAGGAGAACGAUGAGGUUGAAGCUGAGCCAGAAGAAGAAGAGAAAGCAUCGGCCGCACCAGCUUCAGGUAGCGACUCGAACGAUGCAGCUGAUAGCAGUAGUGACUCGAGCGAUUCGGACAACGAAAUUGAAAGUAAGAAUGAAACCAUAAACUCGGCAUCUCAAUCACACGCUAACUAUUCGCAGUUGCAAACGCAAAACACAGAGCGUGCCAGUAAUUUGUAUUGCUACUGCCAAUGCCCCUACGACGAGGUGUCCGAAAUGAUAGCCUGCGACGGGGAUGAUUGCCAGAUCGAAUGGUUCCACUUUGAAUGCGUGGGCAUCAUGGUGCCGCCCAAGGGCAAGUGGUACUGUCCUGACUGCCGAAGAAAGCUGGAUAUUCCGGAUGACGUUGAAGAUUUCGCUAACGGAUAGUACUAACUGGACGAUGUCUUAACCGGACUAAUAGUUAUUUUCACUUUUUAUCUGACCGGAGGCUCCUCGGAGAAAGAAAACAAAACGCUUAAAACGAGCGUACUCAUGCUCGUUUCUUAUCUUUCAUUGCGCUUUUUGUCGAACGCAAUGAAAAAAAAGAUAGGAGAAACUAACUGAAGCAGCGAAAGCGCUACACUACGUAUGCAGCGUUCCAUGUUAAUAUUUUUCUUAAUACCGACGUAAUCACACACGCGUUUGUACAUAAAACUUGUAAAUACGCCCUAGAGUUUCUAUGAUAAUGAACGAAGUAAGUUUUUGUGUAAAUUUCUUUGUACUUCUUUUAAUGAUACAUCAAUGUAAAUUUAUAUAUUAGACAACGUAAAUACACGAAUACACGUACACUGACGCGCAUACACAAGAAUACAAACAAAAACGUACAUUAACGAAAAGAGAAGGAGGGGGCUGUUCCGUCGUCGAAAUUGUUUGCAUCUAAAUUUACUGUCGGCACUGCUGGCAGUGUCUGGGAUUUUUAUAUUGAAUCAAGGUGGGACGAUCGUUUUUCGGGAGACGAUACACAAAUUAUUUAUCAUAAUCCUAGACAAGUGGCGCAUGUUUUUGAUAGUUAUUUCAAAUAAUACAGCUUGGCCAGAGGAUGCAAUUUUUUUUUAGAGAGGUGCAUUUUCUAGAUUACUUGUUUUUCAGAUUACAGGCUAUUUCACGCAUAAUCAAAUUAAGAGUGUAAUCCUGUAACUAUCGAAUAAAUAAUCAUCCGCAUUAUAAAAUUACGGAUUAACUUAUGAAAUUGAAUAUACUUUAAAGUAAUUUUAUAGUAGUGCACUAUCUUUUUCAGAGACAAUCUCUAUAUCUGGACAAGAGCUACGAUUAAUUUUUGUAACUGAUACAUUCUACGUUGCGCAGUAUUAAACUUUAGAGCUUUACAGAGAAUUGCUGAGCGUCAGCUGCCCUAUGACACAAUGAAUUGUCCUUAGUUUAAUAAUGUCACCUGCUCUCCUCUUAAGCGCAACUAGAGCUUUGUAAUUACGAAAAUCUUUCAAUUUUACUACACGGAUGAUUUGUACAAAUUUGAUCAAAUAAAUAUAAAACGGUCAUCAACUCCGCAAAUUUGAUUUAAAUUAUUAAUUUAUUUAAAUAUCGUGAAAAAUUAUUUUCACAUGACGGCCAAGCCGUAAUUAUUUCUGUAGCAAUAAAAGGCGAAUUUCCUACGAGUUGAUAAAAUUAGCAAGAUUUAAAGCGAUGUGCGUUUUUUCGCUUUUUUUCUUUCCUUUACUUCCGCAUUUAUGUUGUACUUGAGCUUGUGCAAAUUAAUUUUUGUAAUAAUUGCGAAAGAAUUUUCACGAGAGGAAAGUAAGCGUUCCAGAAAUAUUAAAAUUUAUUUGCACAACGAUUUGACGAAAGAAUCGUUCCUCGCUUUAUUUUUUCUAUUCUAUUUUUUCGACGUUCCAUCGUGAAUUAAAAACAUGAAUUAAUUGUCACUAACAGCUUAAAAAAUGAUUUGUACAUAAAUAUGAAGAAAAAAAAAAUAUAUAUAUAUAGCUUUGUGAAAGCUUUGUUUUUACACGUACUAAAACUUCUUGAUAAUUCAAUUUACAUUAGAACUGUUGUGCAAAGAAUUUUUUAGCCUGGAUAUAUAGUUUUAUUCGUUACGAUCCAAUGUUGCGCGAAAAAGCACAGUGCGUUUUUCAAUGAUUGGCUUUGUUCUGAAGAAUUUUUGUUGUUAACGUAUCUACAUAAAAUAGCUCACACGAGAUCAUUUUUCACUAUUGUCAGCCCUCGUCUCCUUCGGCGAUUCGAUUCCCAUAAUGUUGGUGGUAAAAUCUUUGUAAGAUAUACGCUGUAUCAUAAAACGAUAAUACAUUAUUCUAAAGAAGCCUAAAA